AUGGCGGGCGGACUCGUCAAAUACCGCCAUCUCUCACGGAAAUCCUCGCAUCGCCGCGCCCUCCUGCGAAAUCUCGUCACGUCGCUCAUCCAGCAUGAAUCCAUCACCACCACAUGGCACAAGGCGAAGGAGGCCCAGCGGUUGGCGGAGAAGUUGAUCACGCUGGGGAAGAAGGAUACGAAUGCGACCAGGACGAGAGCGAGAUCGAUAUUAUUUCAACCACAAAUCCACCUUCCCAAACUCUUCGGCCCCCUACGAGAUCGCUACGCCUCCCGGCCCGGAGGAUACACGCGUUUGCUUCGCAUCGAGCCCGAAAAAGAAGACCAAGCCCCCUCAGCUAUCCUCGAACUCGUGGACGGCCCCAAGGACAUGCGUCUAGCACUCACCGCACGAACGAUCGCGCACGCGAGGAGGAAAGCGGAGGACCAAGAGAAGGAGUUUGAGAUGAACGAUAUGACGGCGCAUAAUGUGAUGAAGGUGACGCGGUUUCGAAAAGGCGGGGAGAAGGAUCUGGAUGAGAUGGUGGGCAAGUUCGAGAAGUUGUUGGAGGAGCGCGAGGAGGGGGUUACGGAGGUGAAGAAGAGGAGGGUUUAUCCCGAGUUGGAGACGAGUAGAUGA